AUGGAUCAGCAGCCUGAAAGAGUUUUUGAAAUUAAAAAAUGGAAUGCAGUAGCAUUGUGGAGUUGGGAUAUAAAAGUUGACAAUUGUGCUAUAUGCAAAAAUCAUAUAAUGGAAAAAUGUAUUGAAUGCGAUGCAUAAGAAGGAUAAGGAGAAUGUAUUGUUGCUUGGGGAACAUGUAAUCAUGCGUAUCAUUUUCAUUGCAUUGAGAGAUGGUUAAAGAAUAGAUAAACAUGUCCAUUAGAUAAUCGAAAUUGGGAAUAUUAAAAAUAUGGAUGA